CAAUUAAGGACUCAGAGCUACAGAGGAUAGGAUUAUAAGAAACAACUGGACGCCAUCUUUUCUGAAGCAACUGUGGAAGAUCUCCGGUGAAUCAAGUGGAAGUGAAAUAAGCGAAUAGGUCCCAUUCAGCGACUUCUUCUCCAUCCCUGUAAAUGAAUUCUUUGAUUCAAUGGAUAAGACAUGGGUUAAGCUACAUAGGAAAAGCACCGAGUAUAAGGUCGGACUUCAAAAUUUCAUCCGAAACUCCCUCAUUGUGGCUUCCCACGAGGGCAAGAUUAAAUGCCCUUGUCAAUUAUGUGCUAAUCGUUCUUGGCGGAGCCCUGGUUUGGUGUACAAACACUUGCAAGCUGAGAAAAUGUCUCCAGACUAUGAAGAUGGAUUGUGGGAUGAACAUGGUGAAGCUUUACCCAAUCCCGUAUUCUUGGAUGAAAUCGAGGACCAACCUGAGGUCAAUCUAGACAUGAAUGAUAUGUUGACAGAUGCAUUUGCAAAUAACAGUCCACCUGGUUCACCCUACAUUGGAGAUGAUGGUGCAACCAUGAACACUGCACCUCCAGAAGUACAAAGAUUUUACAACUUGAUAAAUGAGGCUAAUGUUGAUUUGUAUCCCGGUUCAACAAAGAUGAAAAAAUUGGAGUAUCUAGUGCGCUUGUAUCAAAUCAAGUGUUUGGGAGGAAUCUCUGACAAGGCUCUUUCACUGCUACUGAAAUUGACCAAGUCAAUACUUCCAGAUGGUGAGACACUACCAGACAGUUUCUACAAAGCCAAAAGGUUAAUCUGUGAUCUUGGAUUAAGUUAUGAAAAAAUUGAUGCUUGCCCCAAUGAUUGCAUGAUAUAUUGGAAAGAUACUGCCAAUCUUGAUAAGUGUCAUACUUGUGGUACAAGUAGGUACUUGUAUGAGACCAUUGAAGAUGGCAUAACGACAAGAAAAGUUUCUGCAAAGGUUUUAAGAUAUUUUCCUGUGACACCGCGUCUUCAGCGUCUAUUUAUGUCAAGAUGUACCUCCAAUCACAUGACAUGGCAUGCAACUGAUCGACCCAUAGAUGGAAGAAUGAGGCAUCCUGCUGAUUCACCUGCUUGGAAAGAAUUGGACAGAUUGUAUCCCUCAUUUGCACAAGAAAUGCGUAAUGUCAGGUUAGGCUUAGCAAGUGAUGGUUUUAAUCCAUUCGGUAAUAUGAGUUCAGCUCACAGUAUUUGGCCCGUUGUUUUAACAGUUUACAAUCUCCCCCCAUGGCUUUGUAUGAAGCAACCAUACAUGCUUUUAUCACUUGUGAUUCCAGGUCCCAAAGCUCCAGGGAAUGACAUUGAUGUGUUCUUGGCUCCCUUGAUUGAUGAACUAAAGUCCUUGUGGGAUGUUGGAGCUGCCACAUAUGAUGUGAUUUCAAAACAAAGUUUCACUAUGAGGGCGGCACUAUUAUGGACUAUAAAUGAUUUUCCGGCAUAUGCUAAUCUAUCUGGGUGGAGUACUAAGGGUAAGAUGGCUUGUCCUCAUUGUGGUGAUUACACCGAUUGUUUAAGGUUAUACUAUGGGAAAAAGUUCUGCUACAUGGGACAUCGUCGAUUUCUUCCAAUCAGCCAUCGGUUCCGCAGCCAAAAACGACCUUUUAAUGGAAAACAGGAACAUAGACCCCAUCCUAUACCAAUGACUGGUUUGGAGUGUCUCUUUCAGUUGUCUACACUACAGUUUAAGUUUGGAAAAGCUACUGCUAAACCUCCUCGGAGACGUAAAGGGGAUGCACCACCAUACAACGGACCUUGGAAAAAGGAGAGCAUUUUUUUCCAAUUGCCAUAUUGGAAGGACUUACUCAUUCGACACAACUUAGAUGUGAUGCAUAUUGAGAAAAACAUAUGUGAUGCUGUUCUUGGAACUUUGUUAGGAAUUGAUGGCAAGAACAAGGAUAGUAUCAAGGCACGUGCUGACUUGGAACGAUUGAAUAUAUGGCCAAAACUGCAUCCAGAACGGCGAGCCGGAAAAACAUUUUGCCCUCCAGCUAUAUUUACAUUGUCUAAUGAUGAAAAGACUAUGAUGUGCGAAGUGUUUGCAUCCUUCAGGCCUCCUGACAGUUUCUCAUCUUACAUAGCUGAUUGCGUCCAAGUAAAAGAAAAGAAAUUGGUUGGCCUGAAAAGUCAUGACUGCCACAUUAUCUUGCACCACUUGCUGCCUCUUGCUAUUCGACGAGUUCUUCCAAGACCUUUGUGUAUGGUGUUGCUGGAAUUAAGUUCAUUUUUUCGACACUUAGGUGUAAACAAUUCUACAAGCGAGUCAUUUUCACAAUUGACACCACGCAUAGUCCUUGUUCUUUGCCAGCUAGAGAAAAUGUUUCCACCUUCUUUCUUUGACAUUAUGGUCCAUUUACCAAUCCACUUAGCAUAUGAAGCUGCAAUUGCUGGCCCUGUUCACUUUCGAACGAUGUGGCCUGUAGAGAGGAACUUGGGAACACUUAAGAGGUAUGUGCGUAACAAAAGUCGACCUGAGGGUUCGAUUGCUGAAGGGUACAUUGCUGAUGAGGCCAUGUCAUUUUGUUCCAUGUACUUGGAAGAUUCAGUUACACGCCGGACCAAUCUUGGACGAAAUGCUGAUGCGGAACAUCGAGAUGUGUCUGGUGGUUAUUCAAUUUUCCUUAAUAUUGGUCAUGCUAUUGGAGGUUCGGGUAAAGAAGUGCAUAUGGAUUAUAACGAGUGGCUUCGCGUACAUAGAUAUGUUCUACUUAAUUGUCCGGAGGUCAAACCAUUCGUAGACCAACACAUCGAAGAGGGAAGGAGAAGAAAGGGUCGAAAGAGGAUGUGGGAAGCUGACCAAGAAUCGUAUAGAACUUUUCCAGACUGGUUUGCAAAACAAGUGAAGGCUAUGCAAAUGGAUCCUGCAACAGUAGUCCACCCAGAUAUGGUUGCUUUGGCCAACGGUCCAGUCAAUUGGUCUAUUAAGCACAACAAUUAUGUGAUUAAUGGUUAUAGAUUUCGAAUUAAUAGGAUUGAUAAGAAAAAAAAAAAUCAAAACAGUGGUGUGUUUGUCCGUGCAACAAGAAAUAGUUAUGCAAGUAGGCAAGAUAGAAAUCCAAGAGAUGGAGAGCUGGACUAUUACGGGGUGCUAAAUGAUGUCAUUGAGCUUAAUUAUGAGGAGGUAGGCAAGAUUGUCUUGUUUGAAUGUGAUUGGUGCAAUAGUGAGGGCAAUUCUACAGGUUUGCAGAUAGAUGAAUAUGGUUUUGUAUCAGUAAACUUUACAAAGCUCAUAUCUGAUGGGGACACUCUCAUACUUGCCUCACAAGCUGAACAAGUAUUUUAUGUCCAAGAUCCCAUUGAUACCGAUUGGCACGUAGCAACAAAGACGAAGCCUCGUGAUCUAUACAACCUUGUGGUUGCUGUCCAUGAUGAUCCAUGUAAUGCACAAAACAUAGAUGAUGCAUCUAUGGAUUUGGAUGAGGAAAAUGUCAGGACUGAUGUUGAUGGAUUCACAGUUAAUCAAGCAUUACCUCCCCAACCCCACCUCCCUUAUGAUGGUAGUGAGGAUAACGAGUAUGAUGGUGAUGAUACAGAUCAAGAUUCAUGAAACUUUGUCAUGAUGAAUUGCUUUUGCUGUCAUAAAUUGGAAGAACUUGGGAGCUUUUGUCAGCAGCCGAUUACUACUAUAUUCUUCUGACUUGACUUUUAUAUGUUUCAUUUUCAGCUCUGACCAUGCUUGGCUGCACUUCCACUUCUGGUAACGACUAAUUGUGGCAAGUGAAGCCACACAUCAAUUUCCUAAUUGACUUUACAAGGAAUUCACGAUGACCGUCGAUAUAGAUAUCUUGGAGUAUCAGGAUUAAGAUCAAGAUUGAUGAAACUUUGUCAUGAUAAAUUGCUUUGUCAAGAUUGAUCAAUAUGAUGGUGAUGAGCUGACAAACUUGCAUUCCACUAGUGUGUUUUGAGUGGUACUAUGACGUGGUCUGUUUUGCAUUUCUCCCUUUAGAACUUGAUUAAAAACAGAAAUCUGUUUUGCUAUAUUUUGUAUCUUCUGCCCUUCCAGAUGAUGUAUUGAAUAUAUCAUCUUCUUCUUAUUUUUUUCUUUGUUUUUUUUUCCUUAUUAAGUUAACCUACAUAUUGAGCCUAUUAAAAACAUUUGAGGCAUGGGAUAAAUAUAAAGGUAGCAGCAGUAACUAGCCUCAAAUUAUUGUAGAGAUUGAAAUGCAUUCAAUUAAAAUGGAGAAUCUUAGAAACAUGCAAGAGUUAAAAGGACCACAUACACAACAUCAAAAUUAAACAUAAAGAAAGAUUGAAAACAUACUGCUAACACAUCUUCCUCAUGCAAACAUACUUGGAAAUUUAUAUUGCAUCAAUGUUUAACUACAUGCAUCAUCUUCCUCGUCCCCGGUUGCAUCAUAUUUGGCAUCCUUGUCCGGUUUAGGAUAAGUCACACCAGGUUGUGGUCGCCUGUAAAUUCCUCUUUUCUCAGCUAUAAGGUGGUGAACAGGGCUAACCUCCUCAAGUUCAGUAUCAGGAAUGUCUGAAAAUAAACAGGACUCACCUUUUUCCGAAUGACUUGAUUGAACAGUAGGUACUGGAGUCCUGAUGUGCAACUUAUAAGGAGAUAAAUUUGAGGGUACACUCACACUAGGUCCGUGCCAUGAACCAUCAUCUUUAAAGAGGAGAGGAUACAUAAUUUGCAGCAUGUCGUUGCGUAUGCCACCAGAACUGUUCCGUUGAGGAGAAACAUUAGAUGGAGAAAGAGUAGCAUUAGCAAUAUUAGUUGAUGAAAGAGCAAUAUCAGGUGAUGAAGGAGCACAAUUAGAUAAAGAAAGAGCAAGAUUAUUUGACGAAGCAUCUCCAACUUCAGUAGAAUUGGUCUUGCUUAGUUCCUCCGAAUUGAAAGAGAGCAUUCUCUUACAGUUUUUAGAACCUUUUUUAGGGAGCAUUGGGAUGGACAGAAGAAACUUUCUACAAAUUAGUUAGAAAAGAAAGUUAGGAAACUACUUGGACAAUAUGGAUAUGUUGCUAUAAACCCUGUUAUAUAUAACACAGAUAUGUGGUAGCAUAUUGUAUCCAUAAAAAUCUUCCAGGAGGUAGGCCAAUGUCAUGAAAUCGUAAAAGUGAGAAUAAUAAUAAUGAGAUUCUUUUAGUCAAUGUCAAUCACAGUAUGUGUUUAAUAAACCUACACACUAACCAAUACCAUUCGUGGCACUACUUUGGUACAUAUAUUCUCUAAAGGAA